CAUAAUGAUUACAUGGACCACUUGUCCAAUUGGGGUAGUCGUAGAACUUCUGACGAAAUUAUGUAAGCACAUAAGACCCACGUAGUAAGGAAAGGCAACUAUUUUCUACUUCCGGUAUAAACCUAUGACGCCGGGAAACGUCGAUUUUUAAUUGGUCCAUUGGUGACAGCGCGGGCCACCAUUGCUCCGCCUGUCCUUCGCGAGACUUCUAUACUUUUCUACGCUGGGCUCUUUAAAGGAAGCGAGUGAGGCCACACCUCAUUCAUUUACCUGCCAACCAACCCAGCGAGUGGACCGUUCCAGUACUACAGAGGCUGAGCGUAAACCAGAAAAACCAUGUCCAAAGGACCAGCAGUGGGUAUCGAUCUGGGCACAACCUACUCCUGUGUAGGUGUGUUUCAGCACGGCAAAGUGGAGAUCAUUGCCAACGACCAGGGAAACAGGACCACGCCCAGUUAUGUUGCCUUCACUGACACAGAGAGGCUGAUUGGUGACGCUGCAAAGAACCAAGUUGCAUUGAACCCCACCAACACAGUAUUUGAUGCGAAGCGACUUAUUGGACGGCAGUUUGAUGACCAUGUUGUUCAGAAUGACAUGAAACACUGGCCCUUCACCGUCAUCAAUGAUAACUCGCGGCCCAAGGUUCAGGUGGAGUACAAGGGGGAAACCAAGUCCUUCUACCCAGAGGAGAUCUCCUCCAUGGUGCUGCUGAAAAUGAAGGAGAUUGCUGAGGCGUAUCUCGGCAAGGCCGUAAACAACGCUGUUGUGACAGUGCCAGCCUACUUCAAUGAUUCUCAGCGUCAGGCCACCAAAGAUGCCGGCACCAUCUCUGGGCUCAACGUCCUUCGCAUCAUCAAUGAGCCAACCGCUGCGGCCAUUGCUUACGGCCUGGACAAGAAGGUUGGCAGUGAGAAAAACGUUCUCAUCUUUGACCUGGGCGGUGGCACUUUUGACGUGUCUGUCUUGGCCAUCGAGGACGGCAUCUUUGAGGUCAAGUCGACUGCAGGCGACACGCACUUGGGCGGCGAAGACUUUGACAACCGCUUGGUGACCUUCUUCAUCUGCGAGUUCAAACGCAAGCACAAGAAAGACAUCAGCGAAAACAAGAGGGCGGUGCGUCGUCUGCGCACGGCUUGCGAAAGGGCAAAGCGAACCCUCUCCUCCAGCUCGCAGGCCAGCUUGGAAAUCGAUUCGCUGUACGAGGGCAUCGAUUUCUACACCUCUAUCACCAGGGCUCGCUUUGAGGAGCUCAACGGAGAACUGUUCCGCGGAACUCUAGAGCCUGUGGAAAGGGCCCUCCGUGACUCCAAGCUGGGCAAGGACCAAAUUCAUGAGAUUGUUCUCGUCGGGGGCUCCACUCGUAUUCCCAAGAUCCAAAAGCUGCUGCAGGACUUCUUCAAUGGGAAGGAACUCAACAAGAGCAUCAAUCCAGACGAAGCUGUGGCCUACGGUGCAGCGGUGCAGGCCGCCAUCCUGUCAGGCGACAAGUCGGAGAACGUGCAGGACUUGCUGCUGCUGGAUGUGACCCCUUUGUCUCUGGGCAUUGAGACCGCCGGGGGAGUCAUGAGUUCGCUCAUCAAGAGAAACACUACCAUUCCCACAAAGCAGGCACAGAUCUUUACCACCUACUCGGACAACCAGCCGGGUGUGCUCAUUCAGGUGUAUGAGGGCGAAAGGGCCAUGACCAAAGACAACAACAUUUUGGGCAAAUUUGAACUGUCUGGAAUCCCCCCAGCACCCCGAGGCGUUCCUCAAAUUGAGGUGACCUUUGACAUUGACGCCAACGGAAUCCUGAAUGUGUCCGCCAUCGACAAGAGCACCGGCAAGGAGAACAAAAUCACCAUCACCAAUGACAAAGGUCGGCUCAGCAAGGACGACAUUGAACGCAUGGUGAGGGAAGCAGAGGACUUCAAGGCCGAGGAUGACCAGCAAAGAGAUCGUGUGGCAGCCAAGAACGGUUUGGAGUCUUACGCCUUCAACAUGAAGUCCACUGUGGAGGACGAAAAGCUGAAGGACAAGAUCAGCCCUGAAGACAAGCAAACCAUUCUGGACAAGUGCAAAGAUGUUAUCAGCUGGCUGGACAAAAACCAAUCUGCAGAGAAAGAUGAGUUUGAGCACCAGCAGAAGGAGCUGGAAAAGGUGUGCAACCCCAUUGUGACCAAGCUGUACCAGGGUGCCGGGGGUAUGCCAGGGGGAUGCCAGGGGGUUUCCCUGGAGCUGGCGCUGCUCCUGGUGGAGGCGGAGCAUCUUCCGGCCCCACCAUAGAAGAAGUUGACUAAAGUGUGUGUGAGCUUCUGCUGCAUAGACGAGUGUCACCUGCUUUAACUUGAACUAUCACCACUUUGGGCUAAUCUUAGGUCUAAAUCUAAGGCUUUCGGCUGUACUGCUAAGAUGCCUGCCUUGUAAACUCUAAACAUUAGUCACUUUAUUUGGGGAUCCUUCCAUGUCUUUGCAAGCCUCUAUUUUUUUAUGGGGCGGGUUAUCUUUUCCACAAGCUUUGUGUAUUGAUAUGACUUUGCACAUUUUAUUGACGCGGGUGUUGUUUUUGCAGCUGUACCUUGUUUUCAUUAAUAAAACCAGAAAA